UUAGUGCGUAAACAAGAGAGUGACCCAGAUUGGAUGGGAGUUUAAAAAGUUCUGUUCCUACGAGAUUCAUUUUCUUAACGGAGUACACACAUAUUUCCUAUUGUGUUUGUUGAUUUUAUUAUACUGAAUAUUAUAACAUUCAUGGCUUACUGUGUUUGAUUUCGUGUUACUAUUCUUUGGGAUUAUCACCUGUGUACAGUCAGGAAGUAUUUGCUGACAAGAGUUACCGUUAUUUGUUUAUUUUUUUUCAAAAUAGAUUUUGUUUUUACAUAUUAUUCAGUUAUUUCUGUUCAGUAAUUCAAUAUUGGAUAAUGUCUAACUUGGCAGAAAAACCCUAGAAUAUUUAUUUUCAAGCAAACUGGAAUCUGGAUUAAACAAAUAAAAUUGUAAAAGUAAAGGAGUAAAAACUAAAAAGGUGGAAUAAUUUUCAGAACAGCAUAAGAAUCCCUAAGUUUAGUUCACAUCUGGAAUAAAGAUGUGAAUUUGUAAAAACCAUGCCCAUGAAGGUGACUGUUUGCUUCGAUAAAGUUAAAGUGCUAGUUCCUUGUGGUGAUGGUGAACUGCUGGUCCGUGAAUUAAUAGAGAAGGCUAUAACACGGUACAAGAAAGCAAUAGGAAAAUCGACAGAUUAUUGGGUCAGCGUACACACUGUAAGGACCGUCAAUGAAGACUCGAUCCUUGAUCCUGAUGAUACACUGUGUGAUGUGGUCGAUGAUAGGGAACAGCUUAUAGCGGAUUUUGAGGAACAGGGUGGUCCCCGUUCUCAUCAUAAUGGUGGGGAUGGGCAAAGUGUUAGUUCGACGGGAACCGGGAGUCCCGAUAUAUUUGCUGCGGAAUUAGCCAAUCACAAACCUAAUCAUCAUCGAGGGUACUCUUUCGACAGCCAGAAUGAUGUGAUUGUUACAGACAUAGAUAUAAGUUCAGGUUCUGGUCUAACUGUUCGUAGAGGGAGUGAACCUGCCCUUAAUGUACUGGAAGAUGAAAACGUCACACCUUCAAAACAGAACAAACACAAUAAUAGAAGCUUUGAUGACAAUGCUGGACACAAGAAACAAGAUAGUACAAGUUCUAUGAAUGAUGGCAGUCACAAACCAAUUAUCAAAGGAACGUUUGGGCAAAAGGAACGUGAGAAGACGCCCCCGUUCAGCAGGUUUGCACGGGAUUCAUGGCGUCAGUCACUCGGAAAUCAACCCAACAUGUUCAAAUGGCUUGAGGCUCAAGAAAGGCAGGAAGACAGAAUUAAACAGCAUCCAGAGCGGCCAGGCCCAGUAGGUGGCAGCACUAACCAUGAGGAUGAAGUAGAGGGACCAGUCAAACCUCCCCUGCCUCCAGCUAAAAAGGAAGUUGGUAUAGUGCUAUGUUUAAAGAACGAUGGUACGCCACUUGGUAUACAUGUUGUACCAGACUUCAAUGAGGCGGGAAAAGAGAGUGGACUAAUGGUACAAGGUAUAGAGCCAGGUGGUCGCAUUCAUCAAGAUGGCCGCCUCAAAGAACACGAUAGAAUUAUAGAAAUUAAUAACAUAGAUCUUCAUAACAUCACGUUCCCAAAAGCUCAAGAAAUAUUUCGAAAUGCAAUGAAAACAGAAGAGGUCAAGUUAAAAGUUGUGAAACAUUCUGUUCAUGCUGUACCGAAAAAGGUGCCACCUGCAAUACUUCCGAAGCCGAGAGGUCACUCGCCCACAAAACCUAGUCCACUUACCUUGCCACCACAGAAUCUGGAUAUAAACUCUCCGAUCACAAGUCCUGAAGAAACUAGCACACCACUCAACAAAUCCAGUGAACAUAACUCUGACACAAAUACUGACAAGUCAGUACAUGUAAAUCAUAGCAAACAGAAUUCAAUAACAAGUUCUAAAGACAGUACCUCGUCAAAUAACACAUCUUCUCCGUCGAAAAGAGCUCCACCUCCAGCACCCCCACAACGCCACCCCUCCACCACUUUGUCUUCAAAUAGUGCACAUGAAAAUGAUACAGACUCUAAAGCUAAUGUAGGAACUGCUGAAAAAAGUAAAUCAAGGUCAUCAUCACCAUCACCAAGUGCUUCGGGAACUUUAACAAAAAAGCGUGAAGCAAUUAUCGCACCAACAAAUACUAAAAAGAUAGGAAAAAGAUAUGACAUAGAGUUAGUGAAAGGCCCUGUGGGCCUCGGAUUUAGCAUAACCACACGGGACAAUCAAACUGGGGGACCAUCCCCUAUCUAUAUAAAGAAUAUCUUGCCAAAAGGAGCUGCUGUUACAGAUGGAAGAUUAAAAGCCGGGGACCGUCUUCUGGAGGUGAACGGUAUAGAAAUGACGGGGAAAACUCAGGGAGACGCUGUUUCAAUUCUACGCAAUACAACACUAGGAAGUACAGUACACAUUGCGGUGUCACGUCAAGAGCUAGAAGAAGAAGAAGAUGAAGAAGAAGAGGAUGACCGAUUUAAAGUUCCGCGAGAAUUGCAUGAUUCUAAUACCAGUGACCUUGAACCUGCCAGAAAUGACCUUGAUCUUCAUCGUGACCUUUUCCAGCCUACAGACAAAGCUGAAGACGAUGGUACAUUGGCCGUGAUGAAAAACAAGGAACUGAUCGAGUUUAACAUACCAUUGAACGACACUGGUUCUGCUGGGCUUGGUGUAAGUGUGAAGGGGAAAACCCUCACGACGGAGGAAGGGACACGGGAUCUGGGAAUCUUUGUUAAAGCUGUGAUACAUGGAGGUGCUGCUUCUAAGGACGGUCGUUUACAAGUUAACGAUCAACUUUUAGAAGUGAACAGUGCCUCCCUUAUACAACAUUCAAACACCGAGGCCAUGGACAUAUUACGCAAUGCUAUGCAAGUAGAAGGACCCGUACCUGGAUGUAUAAACAUUAAGGUCGCCCGAAGAAUCGGGGCACCUUCGCCCUCCCCGUUCACCUCCCCGGGCUCUGAAGAGGCGGAAUGGGUGAGCGGAGAGAAAGAACUGAAUAACAAUGAUUCAAUGGACACAAGUGAUCCAAUGUUUGGAGACGCAAAUAAAACUCCGGAUAAAUUUAAAAAUGGAGACAUACCAAGUAAUUUCAAGUCUCCAAACCUGUUUCUGGAUCGGAUUAUGGCAGGGAAUGGACUUAGAAAUGAAUCUUACACUAGAGCGACUCAUGAAAGUUACGCAGAAAGUCCGGAACCUUAUCGUAACAAAGGAAAUCUCAUUGACCUGUCAAAGCAGCGACCGAGACCACACUCUACCCUCGGUAUAGAGCGAAGGCCGUUGUCAAGGUCAAACAGCUCCAGCUCUGAAGAUGCGAACAAGGAACCAGCCUGGAUAAAAGGCCCAGACUGGACCCGGCAUGCUAGUCAAACCAGCGAAGAAAGUGAACUGAGUCCAGGGCCAGAUGGUUUUAGCCGAGAUGGUUUUGGCAGACAGAGUAUGUCUGAGAAACGUAAAGGUCACGGUGAUCCACGGAGCAGCGAGAUCUAUCAGAAAGUCAGGGGACUGAAAGAACUUAAUAAAGGCUUACAGCGGUCCAUCCAGCAAAGUGGAAGUUACGGUCGACUGGUACGAGCCGGCUCCGCGGACUCUCUGCUCAGUCGCUCAAACAGCAACAUAAAUAGUCCCCGAGCUCUUGUGCAUGAAAAAUAUGGCUUGUCUAACAUUCGAGGCCCUGCUCCCCCGACCAAUCUGAAGAGGUUUAGCUCCCUGGAGAACCCUCUCUACAAUGGCCCCGACCCUGACCUGAACAUGGGGGGGGGGAAUAAUACUGGUAGCUGGCUGCCACGUAUGGCGCGGAGACGGGGUGGGAACGAGAGUUUCAGGGCAGCUGUGGACCGAUCGUACGACCCAGUUCCAAAACUUGAAAUGGAUCCCUAUGAUGGAGAACCAAAUGUACCAACAACUGCUUUACGGAGAACACAUUCUGGUAAUAUAAUGCGCUCCCUCUCUUCUAUUCAAUUACGGCAUGGUGUAAUAUGCAAGUCGCUUGAUCAUAUAUUUCGUCUCUCCCAAGUGGAAGAAGAAGGUAGUGAAGGUGGGUCAAUAGGUCGUGACCCCAUUAAUUCAGCAAGGUCAUCCACUAGUGAAGUGUUCACUGAAGAUGGUAAAAAGAAAGGGGGGAAGAAAAAUAAAGAUGCACGGAAAUCAGGUGGCCUUUUGAAAGGCUUUUUCAAGUUUGGCAAGGGAAGGAAGACUCCAGUAGAUGAGCUGGGUAAAGGGUCAAAGUCUGGAGACCACAAGGACAACCCCGAUGGAGAGACUCGCGCUCAUAGAGAACACAUAGAGCAUGAGGAACAGAGAUGGAGGCAGGCACAGGCCGAGCAGGAAAGGGCACAACAUGAGUACAGAUAUUUACAGGAGCAACAGAAAGCCCGGCAGAUGAACCAACAGGACCAGCCUCUAUCUCAAGGUCAUGCGUUCAAUCCUCCGGAACCCCAUAGUAUGGGACACUCGGCACCAGUGACCAGUGGCUCUGACCUUCACAGAGAUAAUGCAGUGUCACGUGCGGAGCGUAUUCAGCAGUUACGUGCGGACCAUCAGCGUCGGCACCAGGCGAGACAAGGGCAUUACCCACAGGAAGAUAAAGAAGAAGAAUACGAACGUAUGAUACAAGAGGAGGAGAAGAGGGCUAGCAGAUUUACUAGUGACCAAGACUAUUUCUUUUAUCAGAAAUUUGGGCAGAGUGCAAUUCCCAGUCAAAUAGAACAGCAAGGUCAGAGGUCACGACCUUCAAGUAGAAAUCAGAAUGAAAGACCAAACAGUAGACUAGGAUCAGCAGAUUUCGUUCAGGGUACCAGUAAUUAUCAGGAUUACAGAGACAUGCAGCCGGGAAACAGGCACAUUAGUGACUCAAAUAUAUCUAAAUAUAGUAAUUUUUAUCGUCCCCCAUCUCGGGGGCAAACAUCAUUGACUGAUAUGAAUUAUCAGCAUCAGACUAAUCAACAUCAUCAACAAAAUCAGCCGCAGCAUACGUUAGGGAUACUUCCGCGAGGCCCCACCCCAUCACAUGAUAAACAACAGCAGUACCCUUUUAGUAAUCAAAGGGGUCAAACUCCUACUAAUGAGUAUGACCGUAAUGUUAACUCACACCAUGCAAACGGAAAUUAUCAAGUGUUUCAUCGAAUUCAAGCGCCACAAAAUGUUUCUGUAGGAGAAAGGCGAAAUUAUGCAGACUAUGAUGAAAUUCGAAGGGGUAAUAUGAAUGUGAAUAGAACUAACUUGACCUCAAAUAGAGAUCAUGUGACUAGACAGGAAGUGCCGCCACCUAGUGGUGGAAAUUAUAGUAACUCAUCAUAUGCAUACAGAGAUCCUGUUUUUACGUCAGUGGCGGGAAAACGGCCAGUGAAAUCAUUAUCGCAACAACCAAAUUCAGCAAAAGUGUGACAGAUUGUGGAAGAUCUUUAUAUGCCAUAGACAGAUUGAUUUAUUUACACAGAAAUUACCGGAGUGAAAACAGAACUCUUCAUUAUAUCAUAACUUAAUUCUCUUUUCCAGAAAUUAUAAUAUGUAAUGAAGAAAAUUUCUAAAUACCUUGAAAAGGGGAUUUAAUACAUUGUAUAUGUAGAUUUUUUUUAAAACUAACCUUCAGGUGUUACAUAUUAUUCAUUUACAAAAGGUACAAAUUAAACAAACACUGUCCAAAAUAUUGAGACAAAGUUCAAUUUAUAACAAAAAUAGAGAAUGUCUUUUGUUUUUAGUGAUAUUUAUGUUACUUGAAAUAUUUGUAUAUUUACAUUAUGAAAUUAUUCAAGACUAGAUCUGCAU